CCCAGUGUUAUUUUAUUGUUAAAACUUUUAUUUUAUUUUCAUUUUCCAGUUAAUGUGAGUCUUUCUGCCGAGUAUUGUUUUUUCUUAUGUACAAUGAAUGCAUCACAGUGCCACACAUGGCAGUUUUUCGCUAAGUAAUGUUUUUUCCAAUUUACUGUGAAUGCACCGCAGCACUGAACAGGGCAGCUCCAGUUAGAGGGAAAAAAACUUUUCUUCAGCUUCUCUGAGAGUCGGAUAAGGAAACGACUUGGGAAAAACACAGUUUUAUCACUGAAAAUGUCUUUUUUCGUAAGCUGUGAAGUGAUAUGGUCGAGUCCUGUGAUGGGUUAAGCCAAGGAGAGUGGACUAUUGUUGAAGAAUAUCCUGGCUGGUUUUCCAUUGAUAGAAUCAUUUUAAGGAAUGAGCAGUGCUGUCCAUGGACUGGAUUCCGCCUGAAGAGUCUGCAAAGGACGUUCUGGAUCUGAUGGCCACCUAUCUUCCAGGAGGGUGGUAGGAAAAAAAAACGGAUUUCCCAUUUCCUUUGGAAGAUUUGCGUAUUUUUAUUUCAUCUGAGAUCUCAGACUUUUUUCUAUAAUUUUUUAUUUUUUUUUGGUCAGGCCUGACACACAUACAAUAAAACUGAUGCAUCAGAGGAAAAAAACACUAAGCAACCGAACAAUUUAAAUCCUAACGAGAAAACUGAAGUGGACUGUGUGAAGAGCUGCACAAAAGGAAAAAGAGACAACCUAAAUGAACAGUAUUGGGAACUGAUAACUGAUUGGUAACAGAGGUCAUUCAACUGAUUGAACUGAUUUACUUUCCCUCUUUGUUCCAUUUGUUCCUGUUCAUGUCCAUGUUGUGAAACAAUUUUUUGUUGGGUCAAGCCUUUUAAUGAAAAUGGUUAAAAAUCAGGACAAUACAUGUUCUACCUUUCUACUAAAGUAAUUGUCAGUCCCUUAUUGUGGUUGGAGGUUUCUUUUCACUCUAAGCAGAGUUACCAUUGCCAAUCUCCUUGCGAAUCUUAGUUAUUUGAGCCCUGGGUUGUGUAGACUUAAACAGUUGUGCUUCUGGAAGACCAAAUUGAUUCAGAUUUAGAUUCUUUUUUUCCUGACUACACGGUAAAGGGGUUACAAAAUAGUGGCGAGCCAGCCAGGAGAUUGGUAUAGUGGCUGUUGUUAUCUCCAACCUAUAUGAUACACUGUUUUGAUAUUUUGCAGAAAAUAUGGAUCUUUGUGGACGUUUUCAAGUUGAUGGUCAGAAAACCCUGUAUGUUACAGGAGUUGAACAAAGUUGUACAGAUGAUGGCAUUUCUGACGUGUUUGUGACUAAUGGAAAGAUAUCUAAAAUAAUUAGAGUUCCAGAUGAACCAUAUCAGCCUCGGGGCAGAACACUUGUUAUCUAUGAAUCGGAACAGGCUAUUUUGAAGAUUGACCCUGUAACCUUAGGCGAACUUCAAAGCCCAGUAGACCCAAGUGUAAUUUGGUUUUCUAAAACUGUUAGAGAUAUCACUCAAGGAGAAAUGGGCAAAGAAGUGGCCCGCCGAUAUCUGAGGGAACUUGAGGUUUUGGGGGAUAGUGGGAAAGCAGGUUUCCUUAGCUUCCUUCAGAGUGAGUUACAGGCAGGCCCCACACCCCAGACUGAGACACAACUUACUAAUGACCAAGAUAUUAAUGCUACCACUGAUUACACUGAGCCAAGUGAACCGGUAGAGCCCACAAGUGCCUUUAGCCCCCGUGCUGAACCCUCUACAGGCCCAGUUCACAUAGAUGAGAGCAUCUACAACCCUUCUCAUGUCCAGAAAGUGGUGGUUGAACACAUCAUUCGUAAUGAGCCAACUCACACGCCACUAGCACAUGCAAAAAUACGCACUUUCUCAGGUCGACUGCCAAGGCCCAAUGGUGAAGUUGACUAUGAGACAUGGCGCACCCAAGUUGAUCUUUUACUUGGUGACUCCUCUUUGACUGAUGCACACAAAGUGAGGAAGAUACUAGAGAGCUUACUUAGCCCUGCCUCAGAGGUUGUAAAGCCUCUAGGAGUCACUGCACUACCAGGUGCUUAUGUCACUCAGCUGGAAUCUGCUUUUGGUGUUGUUGAGGAUGGAGAAGAGCUUUUCACUGCAUUUCUGGGAUCCAACCAAAACAGUGGCGAAAAACCUUCUGCCUUUUUGAGCCGUCUUCACAGUCUCCUCACCAGAGUCAUUUCUAGAGGGGAGCUCUGCUUCAAAUGUAAAGGAACUGCUCCUUAA